AUGGGUUCCAUGUGGGUACUCUAUGUUGCUGGUGCUGUAUUGGCCCUAAAAUUCCUCUUCAAGAAUGUAAAUUGGAUGCUCUAUGAAUACAAAUUAGGUGGUAAGCAAUACUUUCUUCCCCCAGGGGACAUGGGUUGGCCUUUAAUAGGCAACAUGUGGUCUUUUCUUAAUGCUUUCAAGACCAAUGAUCCUGAUUCCUUCAUGGAUUCCUUUGUCUCCAGGUUUGGAAAGACCGGCAUAUACAAGGUAUUGAUGUUUGGAAAGCCAAGUGUUAUUGUAACAACACCUGAAGCAUGCAAAAAGGUUUUGACAGAUGAUGAUAAAUUCACUCUUGGGUGGCCUCGCUCCACUGUAGACCUCAUUGGCAAAAAGUCAUUCAUUUCAAUGCCUUAUGACGAGCAUAGACGCCUAAGGCGCUUAACAUCUGCUUCAAUCAAUGGCUAUGAAGCACUGUCUAUUUACUUGAAAUAUAUUGAAGAAAUUGUGAUAAGUUCAUUAGAGAAAUGGACCACCAUGGGAGACAUUGAGUUUUUAACUCAAAUGCGUAAGCUCACUUUUAAGAUCAUCAUGCAUAUUUUUCUUGGUGCAGAAAGUCAAUCUAUAAUGGAGGCUUUGGAAAAAGAAUACACAACCCUUAAUCAUGGGGUUAGAGCUAUGCGGAUUAACCUUCCCGGAUUUGCAUUCCAUAAAGCAUUGAAGGCUAGGAAAAAAUUGUUGGCUGUAUUUCAAUCUGUUGUGGAUAAGAGAAGAAAUGAAAGAAAGGAAAGAUCACCUAACAAAAAAGCCAAAGAUAUGAUAGAUGCUCUGAUAGAUGCUGAAGAUGAAAAUGGUAGAAAAUUGGGUGAUGAGGACAUCAUCGAUAUCAUGUUGAUGUACUUAAAUGCAGGUCACGAAUCUUCAGGACAUAUUACCAUGUGGGCAACUUAUUUCCUCCAAAGGCAUCCGAAAUUUUUCAAGAAGGCUAAGGAAGAACAAGAAGAAAUAGUAAGGAAAAGGCCUUCAACACAAAAAGGUUUGACACUGGAGGAAGUUCGAAAGAUGGAAUAUCUUUCUAAGGUGAUUGAUGAAACAUUGCGUGUGGUCACAUUCUCACUAAUGGUUUUUCGAGAGGCAAAAUCUGAUGUCAAUAUCAAUGGUUACAUGAUUCCGAAAGGUUGGAAAGUUUUAGUUUGGUUUAGGUCAGUUCACCUUGAUCCAGAAAUAUAUCCCAAUCCAAAAGAGUUCAAUCCUGAUAGAUGGAAUGAGGUACGCAAGGCUGGAGAAUUCCUUCCAUUUGGAGCAGGAACUAGAUUAUGUCCCGGAAAUGAUCUUGCCAAACUUGAAAUCUCAGUUUUCCUUCAUCAUUUUCUUUUAAAUUAUGAGCUUGAGCAACUUAAUCCAAAUUCUCCUCUGAGAUUCUUACCGCAUACAAGGCCAAUGGACAAUUGUUUAGCAAGGAUCAAGAAAAUCAAGUAA